UCCACUGGUUAUGCGCAUUGCUAACCCGGCAGAAUCCUCUUGAGAUGAAGCGCGUGAAGGUUGUGGUGGUGGGGGCAGGUGUGGUUGGCUCGUCCACAGCGGUGUGCAUCGCUGAGACACUUACCAACUGCUCCGUGACCCUAAUGGGAGAUAGGUUCACCCCUGACACCACCAGCGAUAUAGCGGCGGGAAUUCUUAUUUGCGCACCGUUCCCAGAUAUCCCUCUAGAACGCCAGCAGAAGUGGUUCAAGGACACAAUAGAUCACCUGCUGACCAUUGCCCAAUCAGAAGAGGCGUCAGAUGCGGGGGUGUUGCUCAGCUCCGGAUGGCAACUUCACAAGUCUGUCCCUGUGGAUAAAAAGCCAUUCUGGUCUGAGUUUGUGUUGGGGUUCCGAACCAUGACAGACCAAGAACUGAAGCGGUUUCCUAAUCACAAGUUUGGCCAGGCGUUUACAACAGUGAAAUGUGAAUGUUCCAACUACCUGCCAUGGCUGGAGAAGAGGUUUCGAAAAGCAGGGGGCCAGGUUGUGAAACAAAAAGUUAACAAUCUUCAAGAACUAAGCACCCAGGGCUAUGAUGUCAUUGUUAACUGCUCCGGUCUGGGUGCCAAGACUUUAGUAGAGGACUCUCAGGUUUACCCAGUCCGGGGACAGGUCCUCAAGGUCCAUGCACCUUGGCUCCAGCACUUCAUCCGGGAUGGGGAAGGCCAGUCGUACAUCUACCCAGGGAUGCACAGCGUGACGAUCGGCGGCACCAGGCAGGCAGACGACUGGCGCCUGGAGCCGGACCCGGGGGACAGCCAGAACAUCCUGGAGCGUUGUAGCAGGCUGGAGCCGUCCCUGCGCAGGGCCAGAGUUCUCGGGGUGUCUGUAGGGCUGAGACCCAGUAGGAAGAAUGUCCGGUUGGAGAGGGAGCUGCUCCUCCUGGGCGGCCGACAGGUAGACGUGGUGCAUAACUACGGCCACGGAGGCUGGGGGGUCACUCUGAGCUGGGGCACAGCCCUGGAGGCACUCAGCCUGGUCAGACAGUGUCUCUAUCAGAGACCCCCCAGUUCCAGGCUGUGAACUGAUUGCGGAUGCUCUGCCAGAGAUUCCUCAUGAUCAUUACGAUUAUCAGUUUCUAACUCACUCUGCAGCAUCUUGUGUUAAAACAAUUAGAUGCUGCUGUUACUGCCCAUCAAUAAAGAUAAUGGGAGAUUUUG